CCUCUCUCUCAAGUUCAAGUUUAAGCUCAACACCAACAACAAUGGAGCAGAGCAUAAGGCGCCGCCUCGGGGGAUUAAAGGGCUGGAAGCUGAAAGGUGAGCAGUUUGAGGCGGUGGCAACUGUAAUACUGCGAGUUCCUGGGUACUUCAUCCUUGACUAUUGGUACCAGAAUGAUGUGCGGAACUGUAUACCCCUGUCACUGGCCUGGGCAGACGUUGUGUCAUCGGGCUUUGCUAUAUUUGCGGUGAUCCAAGGAGUCCUGGUGCUGCUCCUGCCCCUGGAGCAGCUGGUGAGUCUCUACAUGCACUAUCUCACCAUUGCUGUCCUCGCUGCUGCCGACACAUUCUCCAAUUACUACAUAGAAGGAGAAAAACACCUUGUGAAUCAGUGGCCAGAUUAUGGGACUGUUAGCUUUCAGGGCUUCUCCAAUAUGCUGAUGCUGCAGAAGUCUUUAUUUGAUCCUAAAAAUGAUGUGGAAACCCUCUUCCUGAGACAACAAGUUGCUGCCAUAGUUUUCCAUACACUUGUGGCUACAUUAGUAACAUUCUUCCUUGAUUUAGAAUGCAAUAAAGACAAGAUUCUGCUACUGGUGUAUCUUGUACCAGUCUUUGCACGAUUAGCCGGCUUUCCUGUGACAGAACUUCACCUGACUCACAACUUUGCAUCAUGUUUUGUCAUCUUCUUAACUGUUCAGUACAUAUUCUUAUGUGUCCCUCAUGUUUUUAGAUUUCUAAAACAAAUGUACAACACACUUGCAGAGAUGAUUGAAAUGUAUGGGCUGUUGAGUUUCCUUAUUACCAUCUGGAGUCGUCUCUUUGUACCCAUCCAACUGCUCAUCUUUUGGUUAAUGCUUUUCACAACUCAGCUGUACAACCACUACCUUCCAUCGCACAACACAGCUAUAGCCACCAAGCCCAGCACAGUAUUCUCAGCGUCUGGUGAUAGCAUGAACACCGCAUCUGCCUCUGGAGGUGGAGUGUCUUCCUCAGGGGCAGGGACAACACCCACUGUGAUAACCUCAAAUCCUAGUGAGAUGUGGUACCUUGUCAUAAUGCAGAGUGCAGCUGAGGUUUGUUUCACUCCAUUCAUGCUGGCUGGUACCUGUGUGGCUGUCUCCUAUGCCUCACGGAUAAUUCUGUCCCUCACCAGAAUGUAUGCUGCUGGCCCUGGUGCAGCGCCUCUCCCUAAUGACUUGGUUCACUCAGGCUGGACAGAAGGAGCUGCCAUGGCUCUCCUGGCUGAGCAGACUUCCCUCCUGGACAUGGCCAUACCCGAACGGCUGGCAGUGCUCUCAAUCAUUUUGCUUAUCGUUGUGUCAUCUCUUGUACAGAACAUGUAUGAAAUAGUAGAGCCAAUAGUGCUGGCUCUGAGCGCUCAGGGUGUUGCAUCUGUAUCCAGGCAUUGUCGAGCAGUCUCUGCUUGCCUUCUUCUCCUUGCACUGUCAAUGUACAUGGUUUACAUGUUCACAAGUAUCUUUGAGCAGUACUUUUGGCUGCUUCUUGUUGUUUCCACCAGUAUUAUGACGUCUGUCCAAGUAGUAGGUUUGCUGGCCACCUACAUUCUCCUCACAUGGGAUACAGUGUGUGCUCAGCCCUGGCCUGGCUUGGAUGAUCUGGUGUAUUAUACCAGAGCCACAACCAGAGUAUUCGAGUUCAUUGUUGCUGUGUUUGUAGUUGGUGCUGUUGUGAAGGAAUCCGUCACAGGUCAAUGGUCAUGGAUCAAUGCUGUGGUGCUGCUCAUUCACUGUUACUUUAAUGUGUGGCAACGGUUACAGCAAGGAUGGAAGAGUUUUUUAUUGAGGCUGGAAGCUGCUAAAAAGAUAUCUGGCCUCCCAGAGGCAACUCAAGCCCGUCUGAUGCUUUAUAAUGAUGUUUGUGCCAUCUGUUAUGCAGACAUGUCUUCUGCGAGAAUCACUCACUGUAACCACCUGUUCCAUGGCCCCUGCCUACGCAAAUGGCUGUAUGUGCAGGACAAGUGUCCCAUGUGCCACGCACCAAUCACACUCAGCAACACAGAGCUUGAUCCACCUAAAGAUGUUACGCCUCAGCCGGACGGCAUAGAAACAGAGAUAGGGGCAAACAUUCCUCUCCCUGAUGAUGGAGAGAGUGGAGACCUGAGUCUGUAAAUAUGACUGUGAUUACUGAAAUAGGUGUAAUGGUGUACAGCCGUGUUGUGUGAUCAUCCCCUAGUGAUAGUCAAAACCCUAAGACUUUACUGGAUUUCAUCACAGUGGAUGGUUAGGAUGUGUUAAGAAACUACUAAAUCAGAGGUCAAUGGGAGACUUUCAAAGCUAAAUUCCAGUAGAGGGCAACCCAGUAUUCAAUGCCUGUGACUAGAGCAGAGAAAGGUAAUGCCUCUUCUUUACUUCUCUAAAAGAGCCAUGAGGCAGAGUACCAUAAUACUUAUUUCAAACAUUUUUUAUAAGAAUAUAGCAAAGAAAAAAGGAUCACUCACCUUGGGGCCUGAUGGUUUGCCCAGCCCAUUCUGGCGCAGGCGAGUGUUUAUAGUGGCGCCAUCUUGUGUUAGCUCGUGCUGCCCCCUGGAACUCCUCUUUGAGCCUCUCUUUUGGAGAGGUUAUCUAGAGCCCAGGUUGAUGGGUGGUCUUCAGGGCAGCAUGUGGGUAGUCUUAGGCCGCUCAGCAGUGACUGAAAAACCUCAGCUGUGCGGCGGCCAGGAUUCGAACCCGCGUCCCUCCUGGAGCUCCUGACGCGGGGCCAUCACGCUAACCAUUCAGCCACCGCCGCCUCAAGGAUUAGUUUUGAAAAUGGAUUAGUUUUGAAAAAAAGUCAAUGUAAGUGAUGCUUUCUUCUCUGCUAUUUUAUCAUAAGAAAUUAUUUUUAUUAUCUGAAUGGAGUGGUGGUAUUUGAUAUCAUUGCUUCUUUAGAGGAGUAAAGGAGAAUUAUUGCCUUCUCAUCUGUUCCAGCAACAGGAACAGAUACACAGUGCUGCCCUUGCUGCCCUCUUACUUACACAGAGUUUGGAAAGUCUCCCAUUGCUUGAUGCAACAAUAAUAAAGGUAUGAUAGUAUGGGCAAAUGUAUUAUUGCAGCUCAUGGAAACGGAUGGGCUGUGAGAUUAUUGUCCAUUUUUAUUUUUGUAUAGUUCAGUGAGUUCCUUUAACCUUGUAUACUCCAUAUUCUCAUAUGAUGGUGAUAUGAAUUGUAAUUUACUUAAUUUCAAGAAUGUACUCCUUGUACAGUGUGCAAAAUAGGAGUGGUUUCUGGGAUCCUCCUCUAUAGAUCCACAGACCAGUAUGUACCUGAUAUUGCUAUUUGUAGGAACAGGUUAGUCUUACUGAUAAUUCAGUGUAAGAUUUUACUUUCAAGUAUUCAAGGGUGCUUCCUUCCUUCAUUCUAUGACAAAUGUCAUUGUAAAAACAAAUGUUGGAUUGAUUUUUUGUAAGUAUAAAAAAACUCAUUUUAUUUUUUCUUUGUAUUUUAUAAAAUGAGGAAAUUUAAUACAUUGUUAAGCUAGUGCCACACACCACUUUACUUUUCUAAAGCAAUAUUGUUACUGUGUUUGAAGUUAUGUGCAACUGCUUGCCUGCAUGUGUCCACUUGUACAAGUAUCCUUACUUGAUUCAAAAAUCUUUCCUGUAACCUUAAAUUCAUCCAAAUUUACUGUAAAGCCUAUAAAAUUUUACUUAGAAUUUCGAUGAAACUAAAGACAUGAGAGUCUGAGUCAGCAGUCAAAAAGAGAUAAAGAAUGUGUGGACAAGAUCUACUGCUGGGACCUGAACGCUAGCAGUGGUGGUGAGUGCCACUUGACCUUGAUGCAACUUGACAAUAAAUGUACGAAUAGCUUCUUUCCAGAGUAAUCUACGUGCCACCACCCCCCAAGAGACAUUUUCUGUAGGCUUGUAGAAUAGGCUAUCUGACACAGAUUUAGAUUUGUUUUUUGUUAUGGGAAUAUGGCUUACAUCAUUAUUCCGUGCACUUAUUUUGAAAGAAGAUUUUUAGGAGUUCACUUGCUGGACAUUUCUGCUUGAUAUUAAUGUAAGCAAUGAACUUAGGCAUACGUGUGCCACAGAGUCAAAGGCAGACAAGAAAUAAAUCAGUCUCCAAUAUUUCAAUAACACAUGCAUUACCUUCAUUAACUCAAUAAUGCUCAAUAUUAGAAAUUUAUGCAUCUGAUUGGGGACUAUUAUGGUUACAGGGUUGAUUGGGUUAUGGGAGAAUUAAUUUUUCUCAUGUUAUCAUUUUGUACAUUACAUGCUGUACUUACGUAUAGUGAGCUUGCUGCAUCAGAUAUUUCUUCAGCCAAAUAGAUGCAUCACUUAUGUCUUGUAAUCAUUGCUAUUUACACUUUGAAGCUCAGUAUAUCCGGGGCAGGUACAAAUCUGAGGAUUGGAGCCCAGAGUGAAAUCCAAAUACUUGACACCUAUGAAUCUCAUGGUAUGCACAUCAGUGACAUUUUUUUUUGUAGUACCUCUACUAUUAUUUUCCAGUACGUUCACACCCUUAAAUACUACUGAUUUUCAAAAGCUUUAAGACCAAACUUAUACCUCACACCUAAAUAGAGCAUUCAAUGAUU